AUGACACCCCUGGUCCUUGGACUCCCGUUUUUCAUUCCCGUGCUCGGCAUCACUGGGCACAGAUGCCGCUUGCCCACCUUUGGGAUGGAGGCUUUUGAGAGAGGAGGAGACGUCCUCCUCGGGGGAGUGUUCCCGCUGCAUCCCCACCAGUCGAUCGAUGCUGUGAAAAUCGCCUUCACCCAGCGCCCCAGUCCCAUGGUUUGUCACAGGUUGGCUCCGCACCGGCAGAUUCUUCCUGGGAGCUUGACUUCUCCUUCCAAAACGGCCAAAGAUGGCUUGGGCCAGAUCAGCCCCAGCUUGUCCUUUUGGUUUUACAAGCUCAUCCAAACCAUGGUCUUUGCCACUGAAGAAAUCAACCAGGACCCCACCCUUUUGCCCAACAUCACGCUGGGCUUCCAGAUCUUCGAUUCGUGCAGCGUGGUCUCCCGGGCCCUCUUGGGCACCAUGCAGUUCCUCACAGGCUUUCAAAAAGUCAUCCCAAACUUCCGUUGCCGGGAGCACCCUCCGCCAGCCGGGGUUAUAGCGGAGGCUGGCAUCACAGAGACCGGGAUGAUAGCCAGGUUGUUGGAUCUCAACAGAUUCCCUCAGAUCAGCUACUUUCCCAUGGGCCCAGUCACAAAUGGCGGAUCCCAGUUCCCGUCUUUCUUCCGCACGGUGCCCAGCAACGAACUCCAGGCCCUCGGCCUAGCUCAGCUGGUGAUUCAUUUCGCCUGGUCAUGGAUCGGGCUACUUGGCGAAGACUCAGAAUAUGGGAAGCAAGGCGUUGAGGUCGUGCGGGAACAGGUCCUCAAGAAGAGUGUUUGUGUUGCCUUCGAGCACAUGCUUUCCAUCUCACCUAACCGAGACAAUGCAAUGGAAGUCGUUGAUAUAAUCAAAGAUUCCCAGGCCCGUGUUAUUGUAGCUUUCUGCGGGGUUGAGAUGCUAGCUGUACUGAAUAGGUUGCAUGAGCAGGGAGUAAGAGGAAGGGUGUGGUUGUACUCCGAGUCCAUGACCCAGAUCGUCUUCUUCAAGGAUCAGAAGGCCAACCAGAUGCUCAGCGGCUCAUUGGCAGUUGUGCACCACAAAGAAAAAGUUCCAGGCCUGAGGGACUUUGUACACCAUCUCCAUCCCUCUAGUUCUCCAGAAGAUGUCUUUAUCCAAGAGUUCUGGAGCAAGGUCUUCAAUUGCUGGUGGAACGCAAGCUCGGGGGAAAGGACCAAUAAUGCCCACCGCUGCACAGGGGAGGAGAGCUUGGGGAAUGGUACCAAUUCCUUUCUCAGCAUGCCUGGCUUUGGCUUGGCCUUCAGCGUCCACAAUGCAGUCUACGCCAUCGCCCAUGCCUUACAUAACAUGAUGCAGGAGGAGCCUAGAGGACCAAAGACCUUUGGGAACAGGACUCAAUUGCUUCGGUAUUUGAGGAAAGUUCAUUUCAAGAACAAGGCAGCUGAGGAAGUUUUUUUCGAUGAACAUGGUGACCUUCCUGCCCCUUUGGACAUCUUCAACACGCUCUUCCGCUCCCAGGACGAGGUCAGAAUUGUGCUGGUUGGAAGAAUUGCAUUCGGCCCCUCCCAAAUCAAAGAGCUGGAGGUUAACCAUAACUUGUCCAUCUGUACCCGGUGCCCAGAGGAUCAGUGGCCAGAUGAAGAGCAAACACGGUGCCUACCCAAAAGGGAACUAUUCCUUCCUUUCCUCGAGCCCCUGGGCACCGGCCUGGCCGGCACCUCCGUCUGCGGCUCCCUUCUGCCCAUCUUGGUCCUUGCCCUCUUCGUCGCACGCCGGGACACCCCUCUGGUGCGGGCAAACAGUUAUGAACUCAGCUACCUGCUCCUGGCAGGGCUGAGCGCCGGUUUCCUCAGCUGCCUUCUCUUUCUGGGCCGGCCCACCCGCAGCGCCUGCCUGCUGCGUCCGGUGGUCUUCGGGCUGGCCUUCGCCCUCUGCCUUUCCUGCCUCCUGGCCAAGACCCUGAUGGUGGUGGCGGCUUUCAGGGCAACCAACCCCGGCAGCCGCGUGAGGCGGUGUCUCGACCCCCGCGUGGCCCGCGCCGUCGUUCUGGGGGGCUGCCUCCCCCAAGUCCUGCUCUGCGCGAUGUGGCUAGCCGUCUCUCCUCCCUCCUCUGUGAAAGACACAUCCUCCGUCCCCCGUGCCAUAACACUGCUGUGUGUCGAAGGCUCACCUGCCGCAUUCUGGGGCAUGCUCCUAUACCUGGGCCUGCUGGCUGGGUUCACCUUGGCCGGAGCUUCCUUGGCGCGAAACCUCCCAGACGCCUUCAACGAGGCUUGGCUCAUCUGCUUCAGCUUGCUGGGGUGCCUCGGCGUCUGGAUGGCGUUUGUCCCCGUCUACCUCACGGCGAGAGGAAGGCACACGGCAGCGGCGGAGGCCUUUGCGAUCCUGGGCUCCAGUGCGGCCUUGCUUAGCGGGAUGUUCUUUCCCAAGUGUUACAUCCUUUUGGUACACCCGGAGCUGAACACCCGGGGCUACCUCAUGAGAAAAGGCCCUCACUGA